AUGGAUUGGGAAGCCCAGCCAGGGGAGAUUCUUACCCUGUUCGGUCCGUCUGGCUCGGGUAAGACGACUCUGCUCCGGGCAAUCGCAGGCCUGAUUAGGCCACAAGAAGGAAAUAUAGAAAUUGACGGUCAGGUGGUCUUCGACAGCGCGAAUAAAGUUUGGGUCCCGCCGCAUCACCGGGGAAUAGGCUUUCUCACCCAGAACUACCACUUGUUCCCUCACCUGACUGUAGCCGGCAAUAUAGGGUAUGGACUGUCCAGGGGAGCCCUGGCAGAGCUCCAGGCGCGGGUCAAAGAGCUUGUCGAUGGGUUUGAACUAACUGGUCUGGAAGAUAGAAGACCCCACGAGAUUUCCGGCGGACAACAACAGCGGGCAGCCUUGGCCCGAGCCCUGGCGCCCUAUCCUGCGCUAAUGCUGCUGGACGAGCCCUUCAGCUCUUUGGACCAAGAGCUAAGGCGGAACCUGCGGAGGGAACUGAGAGCCAGUCUUCAAGAGGCGAAAGUCCCGGCAAUCCUGGUAACCCAUGACAUUGAAGAGGCCAUCAGUAUUGGUGACUCGAUCCAGGUAAUCAAUAACGGCAAGGUAGAAGCCUCCGGCAGCCCGCUAGAGAUCCUGGGCCAGCCCGGCCAGGGACGAGUGGCGCGGCUGGUUGGCGUGGAAAACCUUUUGCAGUUGAAUAUAGCCGCCCUUCAUCCUCAGGACGGUACCAUGGUUUGCGUUGGCAAUUCCGAAGAAGGGCUUAAGCUGGAAGUGCCCAUUUCUGACGUUGGCAAGGGCGAGCGGGUAACUGUGGGCAUCCGCGCAUCUGACAUUAUCCUGGCAGACGCUGAACCCCGUGGUUCGUCGGCCCGUAACCGCUUGCCGGGCACUGUCUCCGACAUACAGCUUCGGCCUCCCGGGUACGAGUGGUAA